AUGAAUAGAACGCCGGUCAUAUCGGGAAACAAGACAACUCCGCUUUGCGUCGGUGUCCUGUUCGCCCUGUCGGCGUUCUACAUAUUCCGUCAUAACUACAUUGUUGUGUAUAGGGUCGGUUGCCAUGGGAACGUUCAGUUCUUCAACGACCACGCAGAUCUACAACUCCCAGAGUCCUACAGGGUACCCUGGAUGAAGGCGGUGGAGGACUCCAGCCGUCUGUCCGCUCUGUCCAUCCCCGGGUCCCACGACAGCCUCUCCCUGGACGGGGGUUCCCUGGCCCGGCACCAGGCCUGGCCCCUGGACCUGCAGCUGAGAGCGGGUAUCCCAGCAGCGGUCUGGGUGAGCUCCGGCAUGCCCACCAUGAGGGAGGUCCGAGGGAAGGUGGUGCUGGUCCAGAAGAGUGGAGAGGGGAGCGGAGACCAACGCGUGAACCACUUCCUGAGUCAGUACACCCCCAACCACCCCAGACCCUGCUUCGGGGUGGUCGCUAUGGACUUCCCGGGGUUCAACCUCAUCCAAACUAUCAUCAACUUAAACUGGAGGGACAUCAUGUCUGUGUCCAUGACCAAAAGCGAGGGGGUGACGGUGAUGACCAUGACCUCUGACCCUGGAAGCGCUUGUCCGCCGCUGUGUCAGAUCCUGAAGGCACUCUGCUACAGCCCGGUGUGCUGCAACGUGUCCCAGAAACUACGCUCAGUCCUGGGGACCUCCCACUCAGCUCUAGGGGCGAUGCAGGUGAUGGUGGGCCUGAUAAACAUCGGUCUUGGAGGGGUCCUCUCUACCAGCGGGCCAAGCUACCUGUUAUGGGAACUUGUCUACUUCCCCUUCUGGAUGGGCUCCCUGUUCAUCGUGUUUGGCUUCCUGUGCAUCCUGUCUGAGAAGUUUCCCAGUCUUUGUUUGGUGGUGUCCAGUGUGACUGCUCAACUGUCUGGAGUAGGGCUCUCCAUCACAGCCGUGGUGCUGUACUCCAUCAACCUGGCUUUGAUGAGCAUGAGUUGGCUCUGCGAGGAUUACCACUACGACUACUACCGUAGGGAGAGUACGGGUACCCCUAUCGACAACAGCUCAGAUAUGGAGAAAUGUCUUGAGGGCCUCAGCAUCAUCAAGGCGAUUCUACGCGGAGUCAACGGUCUACUGAUCAUUCUCUCAGUUCUCCAGCUCUGUCUUUCCAUCUCCUGCGUCGUCCUGGGAAUCAAAGCCAUAAAAAAGGGCUUCAAGAAGGAGAAAAAGAGUGAAGACAUCGAACACUACACACCUCUCCUGACUGAGAAGCCUGCCUACUGAGGCUGUGAGGCCAACGUUGGUACUGCAGCCAGGGCCAAUGCUACAUAAUAUGUUAUCAUCCUAUAUUAAAUACAGGUAACUAAUUAAAUACAGAGAGCAUGUCAAAGCUUUUAAUUCUAUAUGAAAUACAUAAGGGAUAAUGUAUACAACGAUGGUCAUUAUCGGGAAAAUAAGCACUGACAGGGCGAACAGGACACCGACGCGAAGCAGAGGUGACCAGCGACGUUCCAUACAUUAUCCCGCUUAUUAGGAGGCUACUUGCCAAAACCAAAAAAUAACUGCACACGGUGUGUCAAGUUAAACAGAAAAUAAAUUCAUGUACAAUACAUAUAUUUGUAUUUUACGACAAUAUGAUAUGAUAAUGAUAAUAAAUUUGAAUAAAAAAAUA